AUGGUUGGAGCCUCGCAUGGCCAUGCCCUAAAGGACUUUCCUCAGUUCCGCAAGUUGCCCAUUGAGCUGCGAAAGGCCAUAUGGGAUGAGCACCUUGCAUCGGAGCCAGGCCGUAUCGUCGAAGUCAGGUGGUCCAAAGUCGACAGGCGAUUCUUUACCGACCUCAAGCCACCCAUCCUCCUUCAGGUUUGCCACGAGUCUCGCAAAGCGGCACUGGCCGUCUACGAUAUCUUGUCCCUGCCGGUUUCUGUCACUAAUUGCAAUGCUAUUGCUAAAAUGCUGGCCCUCGUCGGAUCGGCACUGCCCACCCCUUCUCCUCAACCAAUUAUUGCGUGUUUCAAUACUUUCAUCAACUGGAAGGCCGAUGUUCUGUACCCCAGUUCUUAUCACCUCGAACAUAGCGACAUGGGAGACGUACAACCAGCAAAGUUAAUUGAAUUCCUGAAGGCUCUCAACAGGGACACAGAUGCUGCGCAAAAGGUGCAGUCCAUUGCCUUCACCGCAGGAACGUUCGAUUCACGUAUCCUGGCUCCCGGCCUAUUCAAUAUGACCAACCUCAAACGCCUCAGCUUUGUGUAUGAUGACAUGUGCUGCUUCCGGGAGCGUAUGUUUCUGGACAGGAGCAAGAGGCACAGGAAGGCGAUCGGAAUGACACAGAUCGUAUUCCCGGAGCUCCCACCUGUUCAAGCAGCCCCAACUCUGCAGCUGGUUCAAGUCCCUGACAUUGCAAGCGCUUUCCUCGGCCUUCCGUCUCAGGUUUAUGCUUAUACCCGUCCGAGUCGCGUGAAUCCUGCUCACGCCCACCUUUCUCGAGCAGAGAAGCUUGCCUUGAAAUGCAAGCCAAUGUGGCGACGCCUUAAUGAUCAACUGUUAGCUUGGUUCAAUGACAAUGUGACUGAUCUGGUGGAACUUCUGGGCUUUGUGAAGGCACGAAAGGAUUGGUCGGAUUUGACAACUGUUCCUGUUUUUAUGGUCAGGGAUCUACUUGUGACUUGA